AUGACUUCCGAGACCUGCAUGGGGCACUGCAGUGCUUACCAAUACUACGGAACUCAGUAUUCGACAGAGUCGUGGCUUGUGCACAAGCGGCCCGCCAAGUACAUCGUACAAGGUAGUUGGUGUUACGAUGUUCCGUAUAGUAUGGUCGUCGCGCGGUUCGGAGAAGACCGGCCUCCGUCGACCACACUUGUGAAGUGGACAACGUGUGUAUGCUGUUCUCAUCCACCAGCGACUGAAAUGCCGAGUUGUUUGGUCCCCGUCAUCUUCUCUCACUAG